GUUGCGUUCGGAUUUAUAUCCAGGACGGACCGAAUAUCAAAUGGUGUUCUGUGAUUUCAGGCGGAUUUUAAUUAGCCUAAGCAAGUCACCUCUUGACCAAUUUUCAGUAAAAUGAGACUCUUUAGAUCAAUAAAACUGUGUGAUAUUCUCGAUGUGAAUAUUUCAGCAGAUUAACGUUCACCGAGGAUCCACCGGAGCUCUGGUUCGUGUGAACCACUUCAUGCUACGUGUACAGCAGCUGCGGCAGCCCGUUAGCUCCUCUCGCUAACGGCUCCAGCACGAAGCGGAUCUCGGCAUGAACUCACCGAGCAGAGAUCCCUCACAAAGGUCCAGGAUGGACGAGAUACACCUGGAGGAAUGAAGACUUCCUCUGGAAGGAGUUUAACUGGGAAGCAGACUGUAAACAAAGGCUGAAAACAGGUUAAAACAUGAUGUAUUCAUCCAGAAGAAAGCCUGUGCUCUACUUUAAAGAGGAAAGAAGGUUUCUAUCAGGGAAAUGCACCAUCUACAAACUGUUUGGCCUCUGCAUGGUGCUGGUGCUCAUCUCUCUGCUGUGGCUGCAGCUCAGCUGUUCGGGUGACAUGUCCUCAGUAACACGUCAAAACCAGCACGACCCCCAGCCGCCGCCUCCACCCUGUCCCACUGAGAGACAGGCAUCCGCAGCGGACGACCCCAGCUGGGGUCCUCACAAGCUGGCACUCGUGGUCCCCUUCAGAGAACGCUUUGAAGAGCUGCUGGUAUUCGUCCCGUUCAUGCACAAAUUUCUCAACAAGAAGAAGAUCCGCCAUAAGAUCCUGAUUAUUAACCAGGUGGAUCACUACAGAUUCAACCGAGCGUCUCUGAUCAACGUGGGCUUUAAGGAGAGCGGGAAUGACACGGACUACCUGGCCAUGCAUGACGUAGACCUGCUGCCCCUCAACGAGGCCCUGGACUACGGCUUCCCUAAAGAGGGACCCUUCCAUGUCGCCUCGCCGGAGCUGCAUCCGCUCUACCAUUACAAGACCUACGUGGGAGGAAUCCUGCUGCUCACAAAGAGGCACUAUCACACGGUACGGAGCUGCUACUUGUUAUUAAAGGCGAGCUGAGGUUCAGAGAGGCAAGACGAGCUACAUUAGGGGGGAAGGGAAGGUUUGGCAGGAUUUGUUUUACUGUGAGCACGUCUCCCCCACAAUGUUCUCCUCAACUUCACAAACUUAAAUGCUCAUCAUGUUGGAUAUUUUAAUCUGGUGGGACAUAGCAUGUCCACCAGAUGGUGCUGUUUCACAUUGAAGAAGGUUGAUUAACAGACCAAUCUUUGGCUUAGAGUAGCGGUUCUCAACGUGGGCGGUACCGCCCCCCAGGGGGCGUUCAGAGGACGGCAGGGGGCG